AUGAUUUCUCAGCCAGCGCCAGAGAGCUUGCAUAUUCAAGCUCCCACAAACACCCUCAGCGCUUAUCGGUCUCGCGUCCAGGGCCAGCUGCCCCGGCACAAUUUCCGAAAGUGCCCCUCCAGUCACCACCUUUGCCUGGAGCCGAUCUCGCCACGCCCGACCUCGACGAAGCUACCUCCCCCCUCGCCCCACGACUGUUUGAACGCGUGCGACGACAACUCGCAGUUGAAUCGCGUCUCUGACGGGCCUAUUUUUGUCGACACUGCAGCCGGCCGUGGCCGCCGCGACGGCGACGCACCGAUUACUAUGCCUGGCCUCCCGACCUCGGUCGAUCUGGACGAGUGCAUCUCACGCCUCUAUAAAAAGGAACUCCUCGCCGAGUCGGUCAUUGAAGCGAUAUGCGCCAAGACAAAGGAGCUUCUCAUGCGCGAGAGCAAUGUCGUCCACGUCCAGGCUCCCGUGACGGUUGUUGGCGACAUACACGGCCAAUUUUACGAUCUCAUUGAAAUAUUUCGCAUAGGUGGCUACUGUCCGGAUACAAAUUAUCUGUUUCUAGGAGACUAUGUCGACCGUGGUAUGUUCAGUGUCGAAACCAUCUCCCUCCUUGUUUGCUUGAAGUUACGAUACCCCGAGCGCGUCCACUUGAUCCGUGGUAACCACGAAUCUCGAGGCGUCACUCAAUCAUAUGGCUUUUAUACGGAAUGCGCUCGAAAGUAUGGCAACGCCAAUGUAUGGCACUACUUCACAGACAUGUUUGACUUUAUGACGUUGAGCGUGGUGAUUGACAACCAAAUCUUCUGCGUCCACGGCGGACUCUCUCCGUCGAUACACUCGAUUGAUCAAAUCAAAAUCAUCGACCGCUUCCGCGAGAUCCCUCACGAAGGCCCCAUGGCAGACCUUGUGUGGUCAGAUCCCGAUCCCGAACGAGACGAAUUCUCGCUAUCUCCGCGUGGCGCUGGCUACACAUUUGGCGCACAGGUAGUGAAGAAGUUCCUAGCCGUCAACAACAUGUCGCAUAUACUGCGGGCACAUCAACUCUGCCAGGAAGGUUUCCAGGUGCUCUACGACGACCGCCUUAGCACAGUCUGGAGCGCGCCAAACUACUGCUAUCGCUGUGGCAACAUGGCAAGCGUGCUCGAGGUCAAUGUCAACGGCGAGCGCUUCUUCAACGUAUUUGCAGCGGCGCCGGAAAACGAUCAGGUUAAGGACAUGCAGCCCGGCGUGGAUAAGGCUGCUGACGGUAAUGCGUUACCAGACUAUUUCUUGUAA